AUGGAAGAAAGACAGUCAAAAUCCAAAAGGGUCCACGCUGUCAACCCUUCGGCACCGGACAAGGCGCCAGUUUGGGAUCUUGAUCCGAGAAUGAAUGACGAGGAGCACGUAGAACCAAUUGAGGAAAAAAUCCAACUGCAGAUCGGUUCACUUUCAACUCAAGUGACGUACAUCGGCGCCAACGUGUCCGAAGAGGAUCGUUCCGCCCUAAGCCAUGUCAUCAUUCAGAAUAAGAGGUCCUCUUCUGGUAUAGCUGCCACAUUAUUACCUGGUGGUCGAACUGCACAUUCUAGAUUUAAGAUACCAAUCAAUGUAGAGGCAGAUUCAUUUUGUUCUAUAAGUAAACAGUCUAAUCUUGCGAAACUGAUUAGAGAAACCACAUCAAUCAUUUGGGAUGAAGCACCCAUGACAAAUAGAUAUGCUUUGGAAGCAUUAGACAGAUCAUUAAAGGAUAUUUUAGAUUGUAAUGCUCCAUUUGGUGGUAAAAUUAUGAUAUUGGGAGGGGAUUUUCGUCAGGUGCUUCCUGUUGUUCCAAAGGGUACUAAGGCACAAAUGAUAAAUGCAUGUAUUGUUAAGUCUCAUUUAUGGCCUAUCACAAAGGUUUUACAUUUGAGACAAAACAUGCGAUCAUUACAAGAUCCUAAUUUUGCAGAAUAUCUAAUGCGCAUUGGAGAUGGUAAUGAACCUACCAAAUUGGAUGAUAUGGUCAAAGUUCCCCAUCAAAUUGAAAUAACAUGGGAAGGGGAAAAUUCAAUACAAAAACUUAUUCGUGACACAUUUCCACAUUUAGAAUCUCAUACAUGGGAUGCUUCUUAUAUGGUAAAAAGAGCCAUACUAACACCAAAAAAUGAGGAUGUUCAAAAGCUUAAUGACAUUAUCAUCAACCAUUUCCUAGGAGAAGAACGACAUUUGUUAUCAUUUGAUGAGGUUGAAGGGGACACACACAACUUAUAUCAACAAGAAUACUUGCACUCUAUUACUCCAGGUGGUUUUCCACCACAUAAUCUGAAGGUUAAAAAAGGUGCACCGUUGAUGUUGUUGCGAAACAUAGAUCCUAAAGCUGGCUUAUGUAAUGGAACAAGGUUAUUAUGCCGUGGAUUCUUUAUGAAUAUGUUGGAUGUUGAAAUCCUAACAGGUCAUAAUGCUGGAAAGAGAUCUUUUUUGCCCCGGAUUAAACAUAAGACAACAGAAAGUGCAGGACUUCCCUUUGUACUUAUUAGGAAGCAAUUUCCUGUGAAACUAAGUUUUGCAAUUACCAUAAAUAAGUCACAGGGACAAACAAUACCCAAUGUUGGAAUUUAUCUUCCGCGACAUGUUUUUGGUCAUGGUCAAUUAUAUGUUGCUUUGUCAAGAGGUGUUUCUCAAGCUUCAACGAAAAUUCUUAUUAAAGAAGGAAAACUUGAAGGGGAAGAUGGAAACUUUACGAAAAAUAUUGUUUUUAAAGAAAUUUUGUUAUCUCAAAAUCAGGUUCAUCGUUUAAAAGUAUAUUCUAUUGGGUGGAGUUCUACAGGAAGCUAUAAAUCAUCCUGA